ACUUUUACAUUAUAAAUAUAUAUCAGAAUUUCUUCUUUAAAAUCGUCAAAGUUACUUUAAAUUAAAGAUGUCAUCAAGUUCAUAUAGAGUUCAUACAUUGUAAAAGAUUCCUAACUAUACAGUCUAUAUUAUCAUUCUUUAAGCUCCACAUGAGUCACAAGCGUUUCACAUACAAUAACCCAAUAAAACAUUUAACCUUCCUCCAAAUAACAUUUCUUUCAGCACACCGAACAAAUCAUAAGAAUACUCAAUUAAAUAAUGCUCCCAAAUCAGAGCGUAGAAACACCAGUCGGAAAUCCUAUAUAGCUCAUCAAAUUUAUAGUCUCCGAGCUCGUCUCCUAUUUCGAGGUCAUUCUCCGUCGCGUUUCUCGCGGAUCGUUGGUUAAAUGGACGCGUCGACCUAGAGAAUCGGUGUGAUCAGGGGCAAGCCAGGUCGGUGGGUUAGUCUCGAACAGACUGUCAAUGAGAUGUCCAGCUGUGCCCAUCCUGUGCAACUCGGUAACAAUUAUCGCGGCGAUGAACAGGUCCCUCCUUGCCCGCGUUCCAGCACUUUUUUACCAGCCCCACCAUUCGCAAAAACACAGUUUGCGGACCGGCGGUGCACACUUUGCAGCCGUUUAGUCGCCGUUUAACCGAGCUCGUUCCACACCGUACGUUUCCGCGCUGCUCACACAUAUGUGCGUGCGUGCCACUGACAUUUCGAAGGAGCUUGAAGCAAGUUAGUUUCGACCUUCGUGAAAUCGUCCUUCUGAUACACUUCUCGAAAUGGGAACACCUCUGGCUCUUUUUACUGUUCGCUCCUGAGGUUAGAGGUUGUGGUCUUAGAGGAUCUGUUAGAACUCAAGGUCGAAGGUUUCUGUAAGGUCCAAGGUUCUUGCAAGGUCGAGUAACCUGCAAGGUCGAAGGUUUCUGCAAGGUCCAAGGUUCUUGCAAGGUCGAGUAACCUGCAAGGUCCAAGGUUUCUGCAAAGUCGAAGUAACCUGUGAGGUCCAAGGGUUAGCAAGAUCGAAGUAACCUGCAAGGUCCAAGGUUCAUGCAAGGCCGAGUAACCUGCAAGGUCCAAGGUUUCUGCAAAGUCGAAGUAACCUGUGAGGUCCAAGGUUUAGCAAGAUCGAAGUAACUGAGGUCGAAGGGUUAGAUCCAGCGGAUCUAAGAGGUACAGAGAGUUAGGUAGUUAGCAGCAGAUGAAUAGUAACGAAGGAAGCGAGCCUUGAAUUUCGCGCUAACGAGGUGAACAAAGCUCGGAGCGGAGGAGGCCGCAGGAAAAAGUGGAUCAAGGUGUCAAAGACGUCAAGCGAGAGAUAUCAACGUAAGGUGUUAGCGAAGCGAGUCCCCCGGGAAAACAAAGAGUCACGCGACUCUGUUAACGAUCGCCGGCUGGAUAUCAGCCGCGUGAUCGUUAAUCAACGAUCGGGGAUCAUCGUGUUUGGACUUUCUCGGGACUCAUCGUCACGCGACUCCACUACUGUCAACGAUCGUCAAGCGGAGGGCGAGCUGUGAUGGUGAACCGAGCCAUCUUUAUCGGCAGUCAAUCGCGGAAAGUCGUCGCUCGCUUGUUCCGCUCCGCGAAGCUCCGUCGUACGCGCCUUUGAAGCUUGCUCGAGAGAUCGGAAGUGCAAUCGAGUACAUGGAUUCGCGUUGCUUCGACAGAGAUCUUGGAAGCUGGAACUUGGACUCUUGGAUCCCUAAGCUCGAUAUUUUCGCGUCGGUGCUUAGAAAAAUCGCCAAGUAAUAAACGAAGAUUUGCAUUUGACAAAGUGUUAUCGAUUAGUUUCGAAUUUUUGUAUGCGGUCUGAAAACUGAGUUUGCUGUGUUUUUACUGGACGAACGAUAUGGAGAGCGAGAUGGUCGGCAAAACGAACAAAUCGACCGAGGAAUUGACCAAAAGACGCGUUUCUAUCAGCGAUCAGAUUAUGGGCAUGGAUAAUCCCAGCUUCGAUCAUCAUCGACGCAUAAGCGCCAGCUCGGAGCACAAUUCGGAUCGCGGUAAAUCGAUAAUGCAACACGGUGGUAGCACGGAGAAUAUACCGCAGCAUAAGUUCGAUUUGGAAAAUGGAAGGAUAAACGGGACACGAAAGAAGUCGACGUAUAGCCUCACGAGUUCCAUCAGGGACAAAAUCCAGUAUUCGGACGAAUUGAAACGGUGAGACCGGGGUACAUUUUUGCUCGUUAGUCCUUGCGAAUGAAGGGUAAUUACUGGUGCAAAGUGAUGAGUUUAGAUCGGUCUUUUUGCGAUUUGAUAGACGUGUAAUUAUCGGUGUUGAUAUUUUUUAUUUUGAAAUGUGGAAAUGUGGAAUUUUAGAGGAAGAAGGUUGAUGCUGGGAAAUUGUUUUGACGGGUGAAAAAUUAAUACUUUGAAUUAUGGACUUCUUUUGAUGUUUGAUGCUUUCAAUGUUUGCUGCA